CGGUGCCGUGAGAAACGGACUUUGGUCUCUGUCUCGGAGAGGAACUGUGCUGUUUUGGUGAAAUAGCCUUUUUUGUCAGUUUCGUCUAAAACAUGGGGUGUUGUAGGAUAGCAGAGACACUUCCCUUCUUGUUGCUGUUUUGGACAUGCAUCUCGGCUUUCAACCUGGACACGGAGAAUGUCAUCGUUAAAUCCGGAGACCCAGGCAGCCUGUUCGGAUUCUCUCUUGCCAUGCAUCACCAGCUAAAGCCCGACAAAAGACAUCUGCUGGUAGGUGCACCCAAGGCUUUCGGUCUGGGGGUACAGACAGCCUCCAAAACUGGGGGCCUCUACACAUGUGACAUCAACGACUCUAGCCCCUCAUGUAGCAGAGUGCAGUUUGAUGAACAAUUGGACAAAUCAAGGGAAAACAAAGAUGACCAGUGGUUGGGGGUAGUUGUGCAGAGCCAAGGUCCUGGAGGGCAGGUUUUGACGUGUGCCCAUCGUUACGAGCAGCGCUUCUUUGUGGGCAGCAAGCAGGAGUCGCGCGACAUCACGGGCCGCUGCUACGUGUUCGGCCCGGACCUGACCAUCGACCUGAACCGCAACGGCGAGGGCGGCGAGUGGAGGUUCUGCAGCGGGCGGGCGCGAGGCCACGAGCGCUUUGGCUCCUGCCAGCAGGGCAUCUCUGCCACCUUCACCCGGGGCCACCACUACCUGAUCUUUGGAGCGCCCGGUGCCUACAACUGGAAAGGCAUAGUGCGUUUGGAACAGAAGAAUGACAGUCUGGCAGAUCAGAAUAUUUUCAAUGAUGGCCCCUAUGAGGUGGGCGAUGAGAACCGGCAGGACGAAAACCUGGUGCCAGUUCCGGCCAGCAGUUACCUCGGCUUCUCUCUCGACUCUGGGAAGGGCAUCACUAAGCAAGACCAUCUGACGGUUGUCGCUGGAGCACCGCGAGCCAAUCACAGUGGAGCGGUGGUGUUCCUGAAGAUCGAGCCAGACACGGCCAUGAUGACCACUGAACACAUCCUGGAUGGAGAGGGGCUUGCAUCCUCCUUCGGCUAUGACCUGGCAGUGCUUGAUCUCAACGCUGAUGGGUGGCUGGAUGUUGUUGUCGGAGCGCCUCAGUUCUUUAUGAAAGAUAAAGAGAUAGGAGGAGCCAUCUAUGUCUACAUCAACAAGAAAGGAGCAUGGAAAAACGUUAAGCCUGUCCGCAUUGAUGGGGCCAAGGACUCCAUGUUUGGACUGUCCGUGGAGAACACUGGGGAUUUGAACCUUGAUGGUUAUGGAGAUGUGGCAGUUGGAGCACCUUAUGAUGAUGACGGCAUCGGGAAGGUCUUCAUCUAUCAUGGGGCUGCAGAUGGCAUCGUGAAGAAGCCAGCACAGGUUUUGACUGGGGCCAGUGGGGUCCAGCUGUUUGGCUACUCCAUGGCAGGAAACAUGGACAUGGACCUUAACGUUUACCCUGAUUUGGCCAUUGGCUCUCUGUCAGAUUCAGUAUAUGUCUACAGGGCACGACCAGUCAUCAAUCUUCAGAAGCAGGUGAAGAUAUCACCAAAGGAACUGGACUUCAAAACGAAAAACUGUGGCGAUAGCAUAUGUCUAGAUGUGGAAGCCUGCUUCUUGUACACAGCAAAUCCAUCGACUAUCAAUCCUAAAAUAGUGGUAAAGUAUAUGUUACAGUCGGAUAUGGAACGCAGGAACGCAGGUCUUCCUUCUCGAGUGACAUUCUCCACGCGUUCUGAAUCGGACCCUGAGUCUCAGAGCACAGGAACCUUGGAACUGCGUGGCCAGAACGUACAGAACUGCAUCAAGAACCAACUCAAACUGAAGGACAACGUUAAGGACAAGUUGAGAGGGAUUCCCAUCGAGGUAUCUGUGGAAAUCCAAGAGAGCAAGCGCAACCGCAGGGCGCUUCCGGGUCUCACUCCCAUCCUGGACGCUAACGAGCCAGUCAGUGUGCUCUCUGAGGUGCAAUUUGUGAAAGAGGGGUGUGGGGGUGACAACGUCUGCCAGAGUAACCUGGAUAUCAAGUACAAGUUCUGCUCAAAAGAACCAAACAAAGACAUCUUCAAUCCCCUGCCUCCCUCCAGCCGUGGAAACGGACAGCUGAUCUCGCUCAGCGACCAGAAGGAGAUCGCUUUGGAGGUCACGGUGACCAACAAGGGUGGCGACGACGCCUAUGAAGCAGCCGUGGUGGCCUCGUUCCCCAGGACGCUCUCUUACUCGGCCUCACGUUUCCUAGACAAAGAUAAGCCGGUGUUCUGUAAUACCAAUCAGAAUGGCUCACAAGCGGAGUGUGACCUAGGUAAUCCUUUCAAGAAAGACGCAGAGGUGACCUUUUAUAUAGUUCUAAGCACCGGAGGCAUCUCUUUGAAUACCACAGAGGUGGAGGUUGACCUGAAGCUGGAGACGACAAGCCAGCAGCAGGGUGUAAGUCAGGUGAAGGCCAGGGCAGACGUGGCCAUAAAGUUACUUCUCUCAGUCACUGGAGCGGCGAAGCCCUCCCAGGUCUACUACAGUGGAGAAGUCAAAGGAGAGAGUGCCAUGAAGUAUGGGAGUGACGUCGGCAACUUGAUCGAAUAUGAGUUUAGGAUAAUCAACUUGGGAAAAAACCUGCAGUCGUAUGGAAAAUCCACACUGACCAUCCAGUGGCCGAAGGAAAACGACAACGGCAAGGGCAAGUACAUCCUCUACCUGAUGAAGGUCACCUCCACAGGACUAGACAGCCACACCUGCGAUGGCGAGGUCAACCCAAUAUCACUGAUUGAGGGUUCCCCCACCAGGGGUAAGCGUGAAAUAGCCAGUGAGAAACCAGCAGAGGGAGGUACCAUCGCACUCCUUACGGACAAAAGGAAAAACAAAACUCUGUCUUGUGGCACGGGGGCCAAAUGCAUCGAGCUGAAGUGUCAGCUGCAGGGGAUGACGAGUAACGCGGUCAUAACACUGAAAGCACGACUAUGGAACAGCACAUUCAUCGAGGACUAUUCUGACCUGAAUUACUUGAAUAUCCUGGUGACGGCAAAACUCACUGUCGACGGCAAGGCCUCCAACAUUGAUCUGACAGACACUAGUGCAACGGCGAGCGUGACGGUGUUCCCUGAGCGCCGGGUGGCACAGCGCGGAGGCCUGCCCUGGUGGAUCAUCCUGGUGGCCAUCCUGCUGGGCCUGCUGCUCCUCGCCCUGCUCAUCUUCCUGCUCUGGAAGUGCGGUUUCUUUGGCAACAAAGAUGAUGACCCCUCAGAAAAAGAGAAACUGACCUCAGAGGCCUAAGAAGUGCGUCAGAGGGCCUGAGAACCCAAAGCGAGAGCGCACUGGUGUGGAUUUUUCAAACGUUCCAAGUACAACGAUAGUGUUCCGAGCUACAGCGCGGUGCGGAUCAAAAAGGAGGAGCGCCGGAAUGACGAGCCAGACACUCUGGAGAAGAAGCAGUGGAUGACUAGCUGGAAUGAGAAUGAGAGCUACUCUUAACACUCACUUUGUUUUCUGGAAGAUUCUGUCUCCUGCUUGACUCAGUAAUGGCUUAAUCAUUUUGUUGCCCCCCCCACACCUCCAAAAAGAAAAAAAUAACACACAAAAAAAAAACUCCUCCCCUUGUGCCUGGAAGGGACUGCAUUUGCACAUUUUGAACUUGUGAUUGUGAAUUUCAAAACAUUGCGCAGAAAAAAUACUUUUUUCUCAUUUUUGUUCUUAAGGGAUACUUCUAACAGUCCUUCCUUCUCACCUAACACUAUCUUCUAAGGACACAAAGUGUUAAUUUCUUACGCCUAAAAUUCUUUCCAUCUGUGAUCCAUUAUAUUUCAGAUUUUAUUGUUUUUUUUCCAACAUUUAAAGAUUUGGAGUUAAACAUUUUAUACAUUUUUGUAUAUAUUUGAACUGAACUGUCUUAUGUCGGUAUGUAUUUAUUUUCAGCAGGUACUUCUGCUGUGUUGACCAAAGAAAGAACUGUCUGAUUGUCCUCAAAAGAAAAGACUGUUUUCUAUUGAAUGUAAAUAUCUUAGAUUUUGAAUGCCUUACAGUAUGUCUAAUGCUCCAGCUUUUUUAUCUUGUACCAUUAGUGUGGUUAUGGAUUGUCAGUAUUUUGGAUAUAAUAUGAACUUUGUAAAAGGUAGAAACAAGACCCUCUAAUUGUAUAUAUAAGCGGCUGUGUGCUUUCCAACACAAAUCCUUCAUAGACACAGAGUAAGGAGAAUAUCCAAAGCACAAAGAAACUUUCUACAGUAGAUUUUGAAUGCAGAUAAGGAUGAACUUUCCAAGGCGCCCUCCUGUUUGCUUCUCUUUGAUAUGAUCUUAUAUGUCCCUUUUAAUUUCAUGUUACCUGGAUAAUUUACCUAGAAUUUCAAAAGGUACUGUGAAUGGUGCAGUGUACAACUGACCAUUACAGUCCGUUUGACCUCAGAGGGGUUCAUAUGCACUGCAUCCCGACAGUUAAUUUCUGCCCUGGCAUCUACAGAUAUUAGGCCACCACAAUCAACCAGUGUUACAUUUUGUUAUGUAGGUAACUAACUGGGAAUCCACAUGCACACAGAUGUCUUCAAGAGAAGAUAAUCUUUACCUGGCUUUUUCUCCCAGAUGUGUGCAUGUGGGUGAAAGUGGCUGAAUGUUUUUGUUUCAGUUUUUCAACCAAAGUAAAGGGAACACAGAGCCAAGCAAUAUUCCAUGAGGGGAAAUUGGAGUAUGUGAAACGGAUAACACAGCAAGCAAGCAAGCCCCCCCCCCCCCCCCCCACACACAUUCCCUCACCCACAUUUCUCUUUUCUGAAGUUGGAAGUCAUCAUUUCAUUCACUUUGUCUUUGUUUGUGAGUUUGUAGAAUAAAGAGGAGGGAGUUUUUGGUUUAA